UUCUUCCUCAUUUUCGCGCUCUCUGAAACCCUUCCGAAAAGCCAAAGGAUGCACAUUUCUUCUCCUUAACCCGCGAAAUUCUCGCCUAUAUCUCGCGCGAUAUCUCAUGGAAGGCGUGAAAAUCCUCUCCAUCUCAGAUCUCCUCCAACGCUCUCGCCCUCUCACAGGCACCGCUUCUCUCAAAACCUCCCCCUGCAUUUCCCGCGACAAUCCCAUACCCCCAAUUUCUCGCGCUUCAUCUCCAAAAACACGGAAAUCCCAACCAACCCACGACAUCUCCAAAGAAAAAACUAGCAAGCCCUUGGAAUCGCUCAAAUCUCCGGCGAUCAUCAUCGGUACCGUUCAUCUCCCCACCGCCACUGCAGAUCCAACGGCCCUGAUCUCUUGCGAUUCAAAUCACAGUUGCCUUUCUUUCUCCGACGGCUCAUCUACAAUCUGCUGCUCUGUCCUUGAUACGGAAUUUAAUGCCAUUGGCAAGCGAAUCCGCGUCCUCGCUUGGAAUUUCAUUCCUUUCAAAACCAACGGUGGAUUGCUGGAGAUAAUCAGGUGGGGCAUUCUAGAAGCAACGGCUGAGAUUAACCGUAGCUUUCCUUUGGUCUGGUUGCCUUCUUUUUCUUUAGAAGAUCGUCAGAGUGCUUGUUCCUACAUUCGCGGUAUUUUGAAUUCGGUCAGCUCAGUUUCCGCUGUUCCUUGUACAGUCCAGAGUCGAAAUUUUCAAAUCAACCUCAGGCAAAGUUCUACUGGUGGUGCAAACAUGGUAGGAUUCCUCUCGGAGAUGACGGUCUGUGAAUGCACCCUCUGUAGUAAGGGAGUGCCCGUUCACGGAGGGAAAGCUUGUCAUUCUUUCACGAAGCGAGUUUUCGUGUACUUUUGUGGGUCUGCGUCAGUUUGGCACCCUUUGCUUUGUAAGCUUCUGGGCCGUACAGUUUCAAUUGUUGGAUUGAAGAAGAAGAUGGUUUUUGUAGGUGGGGACGAGUCGUAUUUAAUGUUUGUGACUACGGAGAAAACUGCACUGUAUCUGUCUCAGUUGUGCUCGGAAGCAGCGGUGGUUCCACGAAUGGUAAUUUCUGGAAGGGGUGAAUUGGGUGCUUACACAGGCAUCGUCACGGGAUACUACUUUCAAGGGAUGGCUGUCGAGUUAGAUGGAAGGGUGUGGCUUUUGCUUUCGGAUAGGACGCUAGCUCUGUCUCAUUCCUUCAGGGUCGGCGCUCUUAUUUCUUUGAGUAAUGUUCACUUCAUACAGCCCAAAUUUUAUUGGGUCAAGAUGCUUUUGCUGGCUGCCUGCUUUAAGACCAGCAUCGAUGUUAAGUCCUUUUCGCCAUUCGAAACUCAGUGUCAUUUGAGGUCUCAGACACACAGCCUGUUGGGGAACUUUAUUGAUUCCUUGAAUUUUUCUGCAAGAUUUUGGGUAUUGCUUACCGUCUCAUGUUUCAGGAAAAAGUUUUCUGGGAUCUUCUCUGAGAAGGAAAUAUUAGGAUCAAAACAUAAGGAAGGAUUGGCACAGAAAUAUGCUAGUUCAUGCUUACCUAUAUGUGCUUUUCGACCACGGUCCACGGGUAAAUUGCGGGGCAUAUUCAUGGAAUUCUGUAAGCAUGACUUGAACAGCUCUUGCAAUGAACCAGAUUUUGGUCCCCUGAAAUUGGCAGUGCCCAUGUCUAGUUUUAUCAGCAAAUGUGAAGCCAUGUGGGGGACUGUCCUAUUGGAAGUACAAACUGAUACUGAAACGGUUGGGAUGAAUAACCGUGUUAGCCUUCUGUCAUGUGAAGGGAAAUCUUACCGCCGAUUGAUAAGGAAAAUUAUUUCAAGUGAAGACCAUGGCAUUGUUUUGGUGGGCACUCUAAAGAUUUGUCCAAGUUCAGGGAGGUUGCAGUUGGUUGAUGCAACUGGCAGCGUUGAUGUUGUGAUACCAGAUUUGUCAUCAAAUGAUGUUGAUAAUGUCUACGAGGUUAAAGACUACAGAAUUUUUCUAGAAGGCUUACCUGCACAGGCAGGUCCUUUAGAAGUGCCUAAGAAUGAGUCAUUUUCAUGCAAAAGCAUCUUUUCCUGUGUCCCGUGCAAGAGAGAGCUAAAUCAGCUGACAAUUUACGUCCACUUUUAUCUGAGGAAUGCAACAUGCCUCAACAUUCCUUGGUGUCUUCCUCCUUGUAAGGAUUGUAGAGAUGAUUUCAAGGCAGACAAAGGUGGAACAUUUCUAUUGCUGCUGGUGACACACAAGUUUCCUGCUAUCUGGAAUUUUGAAGAUGAUCCAAUUAUUUCAGACAGGCCAAGCUCAUUUGCUGAGGCCAUCAUCUUUCCUUAUAAUUUGUUUCUCCCUGGGGAAAAUGGAGAUACUCAACUGAACGAAUAUUCCAGAUACAAGCUCAAAUCACAUUUAGAAUGCACUGACAGAAAAAAUUGUCCAGAAGAACUAUCUUUCAAGAGACUGAAAAUUGCUCCUGGAUCAAAUGGAGCAUUGCCUUGCAGUUCCAAGGAUAAUUUAGGAGCUGUUGGCAAUGGACUGUAUAAACUUCCUACUGAUUGCUUCAGUUCACGUGUAGAAAUUCCAUGCUCACUAGCUGUUAGAAGUAUCAAUGAGAAAAGGUUGCUUGUACCAGGCAUCUUGGUUUGUCCAAACAGAAAUUACAAUGUGGUUGACAAAGCAAGCGGCCAGAAGGUUCUUCUGGAAUUCAAGUCCGAGAGCUUUAGUAAGUAUCAGUUGCUACAAAUUGGUGUCUAUUAUAUCAUGAAGUAUGCUAAGGAAGUUGUUCAUGGUAAAGCUCUUGUCACUUCUCAAACACCUGUUUGGAGUCUUACAUUCACAUCUGGAGAAGUUAUAGAACAAAAUGAGCCAGCUCAAGACUCCUUGUCGGAAGUUUCUCCUGUUAGGAAUGAUGAGGUUCCUUUUGGGAAAUUUUCUUCUAUCAGGGAUGAUGAGGUGCCUUUCCAAACUUCUCCUCAAGGCCAGCCAUUGUUCCAGAGAUCUCACAAACAAAUACUUGAGACUCUUUCCGAUGUGCAUCUACAUCUCUCUGUUGAAAACGAUCUUUUCAAGGAAGACACAAAAGCACUGGACGGGUUGAUUAGGUCCUUUGAGACAUUAGGAGAGGCUGUUAGCGUAUCGACAUGCAUCCAAACCAUGAUGGAAGCGCCACGGCGUCAUUUUGGGGCACCUGAUCUCAAAUGCAGAUUGCCUGAGGGAAAUUUAAUAUCACUACAUGGAAAUGUAGUGGAUGUGCAUAGUUUCAAUCACAAUUCUAUUGAUGAUGAAACACAUUCAAACCAUCAAAUUAGCGGCAAUAUUCAUCAAAGGGUACAGAAUAGCAUUUGCAUUCACGUCCAUGAAGACCACCACAUGGUGAGGAUUCGUGGUGCUAUCAGUACUUCCGCGUAUCCUAUUGGUAUGGGACCUGGAGUUCAUGCUACCUUUCACCGUGUUCUUAUGAUUGAAACUUCCAGAAGGCGAUGUGAACUGAUGUUGACCUCUGUAUCUUUCAUUGUGAUCAACUCUGCAAAGGAGGUUGUUCACCGUGAUGGUGACAGAAUUUCUCCACCACCAUCCAAUUCAGACAUUUUAAACGAGGACUUCUCAGAUAUAGUUUCUUCAAGUUUAAUUUCGCAGUUGAAUCAGUGUUUGGAAUGUAGCAACCCCAUCCGAUUGCGUUGCAGGGUAGUGAAAGUUCUUUUUCUGGUUAUGGAAAAAGACGAAAGGCCAAGAUCAAGGAAGCACUUGGCUGUCAGUAUCCCACUUGCUGGUUUUGUAUUGGACGAUGGGUCAUCCUCAUGUUGUUGCUGGGCCGAUGCUGAGAGAGCAGCAACAUUACUCGGGCUACAUGAAACUGCAGUAAGGGUGUCAAACAGCAGCCACAGAACAUUUAAGAGGGCAGGCUGCUGGAGAACUGAAAACACCACCUAUCAUCUAGAAAAGAUGCUAAAGAAGCACCACAGGAUCACAGUGAAGAACUAUGGAGCUGUGCCUGAUUCAUCGUGUCUAGAUCUUUCGUGCUCUGUAAGCUCAAAUCAAGUCCUCAGUAGUUCAGAUGAGAGCCUCCUCAAGUUCAUCAUCUUAAACACAUGCUGUGGGCCAGUCUUGAGUGUUGUAGGCGACAUGAUGGAUUCAAAUACCAUAGGGAGGUUGGAUAAGGAGCUUACAGAAAUGCAGGUCACAGUGCAGUCGAUGCAGAACAUAUGGGCUAGAGAAGUUGGGUACAUGGAUCCUCUUGCAGAGGCAAGGAAUACGGUUCAACAACUUGUAAUCAGGUUUGGAAAUGGUUAUGAGAAAGUGGGAGCUAAUACAUAAAGCUUGAAAACCAUUGGGUUUUUGAAUGAAGGAAUGUUCUUUCCAAAAAACAAGCGGUCAACAAAAUACAGGAGAAUCUUACAUGUGCCAUUUAUUUGUACAUGUGCGACAUCUGAGCCUUUUUUCAGGUGUCCUCAAAUGUGUUGAUUGCCUGAGCCAAGUGUGGGGCUGGAAGGCCACACACGUGUAUUGAAGGCCCAUUUGGUAGCCGGCUACGUUCUGUGCUCGACAGGCAUGUCAUUUUUUAUUUUUAUUUUGUUAUGUGAUGUGUCUCAUCCAUCCAUGGUAACACUUAGAAAAUUCUCUCAGGUUAGAAUAUUUCAAACCAUGAUUGAGUUAUUGAAGGGUUAAGAUCUUCCAAUAUUGAAGAUACAUGAUAGCCUCAUUAACUGUGCAUUUCAUCGGAUCAACGGUCUGGAUAAUGGAAUAAUGGCCCGUCAGCUAGGCCGGCCGUUGUACUUUGA